UCCGCACUGGUCGCAGUGGGAGUGGGCUGGGCUACAGAACGUGUACGUGCGAACCGUGCAGACGGCCAAGAGCGACCACCAUAGCCAACUAGGAGUAUCUGGGAGCCACAAGCCUCCAAACAUUCGCCCGUUACGGUUCCUUCUCACACUCCUGCCUCUCUGCCCCCCUUCUUUUUCGGAUCCAGACAGUCCAGAGUGUUGCCAUCACAGGCUGGGGGCUGUGGGAUGAGGUCGCCCCCCAACCGGGAUCCGAUUCCGUUGAGAUAGGGCGAUUUUUUUUUUCUUCGUACAGGAGAGACUUUUGUUUUCACUCCGUAUUGACUCGCCGCGGGUUGACUCCUCUGGCCAUCCAGUUGUGUGAAGGAAGCGAUAAGAGCAGCCCGCCUCUCCGCGCAGAGCUGGGGAUCGCCGGUGAACUACCCAUGAGCUCCGAGUUCCCACACUACAGUUUCAAAAUGCCAAAUAUAGGGUUCCAGAACCUUCCCCUGAAUAUCUACAUCGUGGUGUUUGGGACGGCCAUCUUUGUCUUCAUCCUCAGCCUCCUCUUCUGCUGCUACUUAAUAAGGUUACGGCACCAGGCGCACAAGGAGUUAUAUGCAUACAAACAAGUCAUUCAGAAGGAAAAAGUCAAAGAGUUAAACUUGCAUGAGAUCUGUGCAGUGUGCUUGGAGGAGUUCAAACAGAAAGAUGAGCUGGGGAUUUGUCCCUGCAAACAUGCCUUUCAUAGGAAGUGCCUCAUCAAGUGGCUGGAGGUGAGGAAGGUGUGUCCGCUGUGCAACAUGCCCGUCCUGCAGCUGGCCCAGCAGGCCGGCGGCUCGGAGCCCCCCGUGCCCAUACAGCAGCCUCUGCCCGGCAUCGAGAACUUGGUGUAGCAGACGCCCACCUUUUCUGACAGUACACUACAAACACACACACACACACACACACACACACACACACACAGAUGCACACACUUGCCUCCCCUCGCUCGUGCUCUCACCUGUACAGGUACACCUUGAGUGUGUGAACAAACUGGAGAGACUGAAAGGUACUGCACAGAUGUUCACAGUGAAAGUGCAGCCGUCAUCGCCGCUCUCAUCUCUGCUUUUGGUUCUGAAAGGAUUUCCAGAUGUCGACUGUGACUGGAAAUGUUGUCGCUAUUUUAUUUUAUUUUUUUUUCUUCUCCUUUUAUUUUACGGACAAUGAAGAAGAACUGACAUAGAAGAAGUUUCACUAUCGACCAACAUAUGUUCGAUAACUUUUUUCACAACCAAAGCACCUUUCUGGGAACACCAGCGAAAGACCAGGAGGAAGACAACAACAAAAAAAAGCCAAGAACUUCAAUAAACUAGAUGACUUUUUUUUUUUUUUUUUAAACAAGCACUUUAUGAAAAGUCAAACCCUUUUUGCUUGUGGAUUUUCGUUCCAAUGUGAUGUUGUAUAUUUUAUCAGUGACUAUUUUUUUCUGUCUCCAACUAAAUAUGUUUUCUGAUUUAGUUCUGGUAAUCCUUCGUUUCUGUACAACGACAACAACAAAAAACAGAAAAAAUUUAAAGGGAAUAAACAUUUAUGACUGUAGGUGUCAAGAAAUGUGCAAAAUGGUCAGUGAUCAGAUCAUGUUGCACACACACACACACAAAAGAACUUCUGAACUUUAUGUCUGCCUAAAUGUGAAAGGUUUUGAAUGUGUUAAACCCCAGAAUUUAUUGUUUUUUACACAGAAACACUAAUACACUUUAUACGUGACAGAUCUCCUUCCCUCGGCACCGGUGUUUCAGGAAUCUCAGUGCAGCUGCUGCCUGUCGGUGAUGCAGAAAACAAAAAUCUCUGUAGAUACUCAGCAGGAACGGAGAAAUUCGUCUUUCUUCCGGCGCUGGGAGAAAAGAAAUGGCGUCACAGUUUGAUCACAGUGCUGCUUUGGGAGUUUCCCCAGCUUGGUCUUGACACACCAGUGUGUGUUUCAUCAGAAAUGUGAAGUAGGAGUGCGGACAGACCGACAUCCACUCGAUAAUUUUCCAUCUCCUUUCAGGGCUUCUGCUUUUGAGUUGGAAACAUCUCAGCUUGAACAAAUUCUAGAAUUACAGAAAAAUCUGUAUGUAUCCGACAGUAACUCGUGAUUUCAGGACAUUUCCAACAUACGUCUAAAUUUCAAAGUAGCUUCCGUGAUAAUAUCAUGACCAGUAUUGAUGCAUUCAUCCUGCGAUACACUCUUUAGACAGGUAUUGUAGGAAUAAUGCAGCAUUAACCAUAAAUCUCCAACGUGAUCCUAAUGUUCCACUUUCCCUUUGCUGCUGCUGCUGCUGCUGCAUCCUUUAAUCUCAUUGAAACAGUUGCGUAAAUGUUUUAGUGGCUUGCAUCAUGUCGAGACUGAAACUUUUACUGAAAGUAACAAAUGUGAAUUUAAUUGAACCUGCUAAAGGCAACACACACCGCUGACAGCUCAUAUUAGUAACGCACUCAGACUCUCCUAAAAUGUUACUCCGUCCACUGUUACUAUUCAUUUUUCUCCUCUCCACUUUUUUUUUCCCCAGUGGCUUUUUAUUUAUUAUAUUUAUUUAUUCUAAUUUGUUGGUCCAGGUGACGACGGUGGAGUCUGGAUUGGCACAUGCGUCACACACACACACACACACUGCCCUCGGCAGAUCAUCAGCAUAUCUUUGGCCCGACGUACGUGGGCAGUUAGCUGCUUAAUACCCCUCCCAGCUGCCACGCAGUCAGCGGUCAGCAGGUUGUAAUGAAACAGCGUUUCCAUUCACACACACACACACACACACACACACACACACACACACACACACACACACACUUACAGGGUAGUGGAGCUUUUUGCCUGCAGUAUUCUGGUGCUUUCGUCUCUCUGUCGCUCUCUCUCUCUCUCUCUCUCUCUCUCUCUCUCUCUCUCUCUCUCUCUCUCUCUCUCUCUCUCUCUCUCUCUCUCUCUCUCCAUACGGUACAGGGUGCUUUUGUUUUGUGCCACACACAUGUUGACUCAGAGCCCUGCUUUUGUGGAGUUGUUGACAUGCCUUCCUGCUGCCUGCAUCUGUCAAAACGGUCGUGUGUCGACACGCGGCUCAUAAGUGUCGUUUGAAAAAAAAGAUUGAGAUGAAUCAGACCAUUUUUUCACGUCCUUUUAAAAAAACUUUAAUUUGAAUGAAGAUAGCGAACUAUAGUUAACAAAAUUUAAAAUGUUUUCUUCAUUUGUAAGCUAUUUAAAGUUGCGUAAUCAACUGAGAUUUUUGGAGAAAUUUACCAAAACUAAAUGUGCAUUAAUAACUCUAAACCACUGGAAUACAAAUCUACAAAUUUGGGAUUGAACCUUUAACAACACAAUCACAUUUUCCCAUCAGACUUUCCGUGGCAGAUAUGCGUUGUUACUCACACACGCACACACACACACACACAGGCUGCUGACCGUUGUUGCGGUCAGACACUAAUGCGGCAGCAAGGUGAAAAUGUCAGACGAGUUCACAAAGCAGUUUGCCUCUGUGUCAGCGGCUGGUUUGUCCUCACAAUGCUUCCAUCAAAAAGAAAACCUCUCGCCUGGAUUUAACAUGUUUGAACAACAAAACUGCCACAGUUACAAAAAAAAAAAAAAAAA